ACAUUUUGUACAUAAAAAGCGCAAAUGUUAAGACGGUAAACAUAUAAACGACAGAACGGUAGAACGUAUGAAUCAAGCUCACAGAACCAUGAAUAUGUAAAUCACAUCAUUAAAUACCGGCCACAAAACAUCCAUGCCGCAAUGUUUGGCAUCAUCUCAUUCUUAACUCGGGAACCACGGCAUUGACAUGUGUUCAACGAUGUUUUUAUUACAAACGAAAAAAUCCACGUGACGCGCUAAGUGUUAAAAUGGAAAACAUGUCGGAUUUUAUCAAAAAUUAUACUGGUGUUAAUGGAAGUUCAGUGUUAGAGGCUUACAUAGAAACAGAGAAGGAACAGUUGACGGCAUACAAACAUGUUGCAUAUAUUAUCGGAACGCUUAUUAUGCUGAGCAAUUUAAUUGUUGUGAUAUCAAGUGGUUUGAUUUUGAGAAAAGGACAGGAACCGAAAAGCACGUAUCUUCUACUCGGCAAUGUAUCUCUGGCUGACACAAUCGUAGGAUUCUCAAUCAUCUUCAGCAAGUAUUUAGACAACUCCAACAGCUCUAACAUCUUGUGUGUUAUCGAAGUUGGUAUGAUCGUGUGCCAUGCUAAGGUGUCAAUCUUCAGCGUGGGUUUAAUCGCUGUCGACCGCUACAUCUACAUACUCCAUGGCUUAUAUUAUCAAAGGUGGUUCAACAUUACCAGAGUGAGAAUUGGAAUUCUCUGCAUAUGGGCAGUUAGUAUUACUCUUGGAUUUAUGCCGGCAACUGGAUGGACAAACAAGGAACUUCCCCUCACCCGAUGUUAUUACGUCGGUCUGUUCCAGAAUCUAAUAUUAUUAAAUUCGUUGCUUAGUAUAGUACCGAUAAUUGUCGUAGCUGUUUUAUACUCAAUAAUAUUAGUUCGAGCGCUAAAAACGUUAAAAUAUUGA